GUACAACUCUGGAAAAAUAAACAUUUCUUGCAAAAUAAACAGGUCAAAAACUUGUCACAACUUAACAAACUGUUUAGAGAACCAAAGGUGUGAAAUUGCAGAUGAGACACUAGCAGAGUACAUCUCUUUUCAAAAAUAAUAAUCAUGAUAACUCAGGAAGCUAUUCAGAAUAAUGUUGGAAUCUCUAAAACAACACAAUACAGUGAAUUUUCAGACAGAAUCAAAGUUAAAAAUAUACCAUUCCUUGGUCGUUUACACAUUGUCCGAGACCGUGAGGGAUACAUGGCAUUAUCUUUUACUACACUUUACUGGAUUUAUGGAACUUUUGUGAAUUUGUUUAUAAUACUUUUACCUCACUAUAAUGAUAAACAGCUUCCCGGAGAACUUGUUUUGUGGUUUGUUUUUCUGUCUAUUAUGUGUAUAAUUUCAUUAUUCAAAGCUUCUACAACAAAUCCAGGACGAGUGCCUCUAGUUGAAGAUUCUCAGAUUGAUAUAAAUCAUUGGGAAGUAUGUAAAACAUGUCGACAAAAACGUCCAAAACGAGCUCAUCACUGCAGACGAUGUAACCAGUGUGUGUUAAGAAUGGAUCAUCAUUGUCCUUGGAUAAAUAACUGUGUAGGAGAAGAGAACCACUGGGCGUUUACACUACUGUUAAUUUAUGCCUUUCUUUUGGGACUUACUGGUUUUGUAAUAGACAUGUUACACUUCUGGUGGUGGCCAAAAUGUGUGACCUGUGAUAAGGAAAGUUUUUUCAUAAAGCACCAGAUCUGGUUUGUGUAUUUAGUGACAGCAUUGGGUGCUGCCAUGGGAGCACUAAUGGGUGGUCAGGUCAUAGUUCAACAUACAAAUAUUCUUUUGAAUCAAACAACAUUAGAAACAAUGGGAUUGAAUCAAUCAAUGGGAUCACAUUCACAUGAUUCAUCAAAAAGUAAUCCAGCUUAUGCACAAUACAAAGACUUAUGUGGCGAUGGUACUCCAUUUUGCUGGCUAUUCCCUUUUGGAAAUCGCAGGGCAGCACAAAAAUACAUAAACACAGUCUAGCAUUUAUUGGAACCUUAAUGAAUUUCUGGCAUUUUAGUGUCUUGGAGUGUAAACUGUAACAUUACAUGCAGCAGUUUAAUUUUUAUUUCAAAUUGAAAUGUUCCACAAUAUUGUUGAAUACACCAGUAUCAUUUUCAGUUCAGUUUGUCAAAAGUUUCACAUGAUAUCUGUAUUUUCUUUGUAACUAGAAAAUAUCGUGCAACUUUGCUAGUUACUUCCAAAUAUAUCAAAAAGCAAUCUUAGAUGACUACUGUCUGUGUCAAAGUGAUACCUGUUUAUGUUAUGGCUGUUAUUUCUAUAAAAAUUACUUAGAAGAGGCGAAAACUGAGUAACCAUAACUCUUUACAAAUAAAAAUAGAUUGUUUCUAAUGGCAACAUGCCAGCAAGUACAGUGGUAGUCCACGGGGCAGGGUUCGAGGGGUAUAUUUUUUUUUGACGAUCAAUGCAUUUGUAUGGGGACAUGUGAUUGUAACACCCCCUCUUUUAUUCUUGGUUGGGAACCCCCUUUUUAAAAGGAAUGGCUGGAUCAGACCCUGAAGUUAUAUUGUAUUUGCUGGUAUAGCUAAACCCUUCCCACUGUUACUAUAAUCGCCAAAAAUUUGUCCUUGCCUAAAAUAAUUAACAACAUUGUAUUCAUGCUGUACAUGUUCCUAGUCCGGAUUUAAAGCAUUUAAUGCUGGAAUAUUACAAGUUUGUAAUGAAAUUGUUUUAUGUACAUUUCCUUUCAUAUUUCAUACAUAUUCUGUGUAUUAAAUCUUCACUUAUUUCUUUAUAAUUUUAUAUAUUUUUUAUUUACAUAUCAAGAAGUUACAAAGCACCAUUUGUUUUUAAAAAAAAAUACUUGGUACCAAGAUUGGUCCUAAGUCAUGAAGAAUUGAGCUUAGUUACAAUCAGUCUUAGUCGUUUGUUUUUUUGUGAAACCCACUUUAGAAAUUUGAUAUGAUUUAUGGUUUAUUUAGUAUUUUGUAUGACUUUAAGAAUGUCUAGCUUAUUAGUUGCUGCUUUGAUCUGUAACAAUCUGUAUUAUGCAAAUAUAACAUUUUAGGUUGUUCUAGUGAUAAAUAUUGGGAAUGUGAUACUCCUUCACAGUAGUUACUGUGUCGUGUGGUAAUAAUUAUGCCUAACUGCUUUUGUCCUUGAUGGACCUUUUUUGGAGGCAGAAUGAUGAGGUGUUGUUUAAGGCUGUUGAUUUAUAAUGUUUUAAGUUAUCCGUUUCAGAAAAAAAGAAAAUACUGAUAGAAUUGUUCAAAAUAGUCCUUCUAUUUUUAUGAUUGACUGAUUGCUGAUUGCUUAAUGCCACAUCUGAACCCUCCAUGUAUAAGUCCUAUAUGUUUUCUGUAUUCUGUUUCUGACAAUUCCUUGGUUGAAAUUAUUAAAAAAAACCUCCAGAGUUUCUGAUAAUAAUGCAUUGGUUCAAUCAAGGAGUGAAUAAAUGCUGGUUAAGAUGGUUAGUUAGUUCAUACUGAAAUAUCUGUGCAAGUAAUUUAAAUACAAACCCUCCAUAUUUGGGUGAUUGUUCAUCAUUCAUUUCUCAUCAAUUUUCCAGAAUUCUUAUUUCAGAUUAAAAAAAAUCUUGUUUACAUUACAUUAUGUAAAAUAAUUACAUCUUAUAGUAAUGCAAAAUCCCAAAGGGAUAAGAGCAAAAUAUCAAAUACAUAUGUCAUUAUGUACAAAUGACUAUUUUGCCUUGUUUUAUAAAAGCAAGUUAAACUUUACUUUUUAUGAAUAUUUUUUGUUUGUUGUUUAUUUUAUUUUUAAGGAUGUAUAUCAAUUGUUAGCAUUAUGAGUUUGUCUUUUUUGAAGAUUAUAACAGGAGAAAAAUUUACUCCUUCGGUUCAUUUUUUUUUGGCAAAAAAAAUAAAAUUGAUAGUUUUCUUGUUGUAAUAUAUAAAAAAUGUUUCUUUGGAAUUUCAUGGAAAAAAUGUUCAAAAGUUUUGGAAAAGAGUUUUGAUGAUGUAAUAUUGCUGAAGUUAAUGAAGUAUAUAGAUGACAAAAUAUGUUGUCAGAGCAUGAUUGAUUAAAAGUGCAUCAUUCUGGUCUUCAGCAGACUAUUGUCUCCACGGUUACGUUAAUUUAUUCAUAAAUUAGAAAUCUCCAAUCAAAGAACUUGUAAUGAUGAUGCACUUUACUUUUCUACAUAAUAAUGGGACAUUUCUUUAAUCUACUCUUCAAAUACACUCUGUAGAAAGGAAAACAAUAGAAAUGAAUGCAAUAUAUCAGUUAUGGAUUUUCUUGUUUAUUAUACAUUUGGUCAAUGCAUAAUAAAAUUAUUGUCAUUGU